AUGAUUAGCCAGUUUUUUAAACCUAUUCCGAAACCCACAAGGACAUUGAACGAUGACGAUAGUACAAUAGAUCAACCACAAACAAAAAUGUUAAAAUUAAAUGUUACCUCAACUUCUAACGAGUCUUCUAUUUCCUCGUCUAGCUUAAAUGUGCUUGAUAUUAGCUUAAAUAGUGAUGAACAACCUAUUCAGCCGAUUAUCAAUUUUCCACGUCGUAAAAUUUGUGAAAAACAACGUAGUUUUCAAAGUUCAUGGUACAAAGUUUAUCCUUGGAUUGAAUAUUCUGUUCAAUUGGAUGCAAUUUUCUGUUUUUUUUGUCGUCAUUUUACUAGUUCUAUAUCUCGUGAAAAGCAUCAAGAUAUUUUAAUAGCCACAGGAUAUAAUAAUUGGAAAAAUAUUUCGGGGAUGGCAAAAAAACAUAACUCGGCAGAUUCGCAUAAAACAUCGUUAGCCAAAUAUCAAGGUUAUAUAUCAUCAAAAAGUAUAGGAGCUGUUACAACUCAAAUGAAUAGUCAUGUCGAAGAGAAUAUAAAUAAAAAUCGAGAAGUAUUAAAAAGUGUAAUUCGUUCAGUUUUGUAUUGCGCACGACAGGAUAUAGGUUUACGUGGUCACAAUAAUGUAAUCGAAUAUUCAAAUGAAGACGAACACGACUUAGAAACUACAAAAAAUCAAGGUAAUUUUAAAGAACUAUUAGAUUUACUAUGUUUGGAAAAUGAAAAGUUUAAUAUAAAUUUAAAGUCCCUACCUAAAAAUGCUAAAUAUACAUCAAAUAAAAUCCAAAAUGAUAUUUUAUUUGCGUCUUCAAAUGUCAUUUUACAAACUAUUAUUAAAGAAGUGAAUGAAGGUAGUUCGGUUUAUAGUUUAAUUGUUGAUGAAGCUCGUGAUGCGUCAACAUUUGAACAAAUGUCAAUAUGUGUCAGAUAUGUACAUAAAUUAACUAUAAAAGAAAGGUUCUUAGGAUUUGUACAAGUAGAAGAAUUAGAUGCACUGGGCCUAACUAAUUCUAUUAUCGAAUUUUUAAAUUCAGUUGGUUUAGAUAUUACAAAAUGUAUAAGUCAAUCCUACGACGGUGCAUCAGUAAUGUCUGGUUCUACGAAUGGCGUACAAGUAAAAAUUAGAGAACUUUCUAAAAACAAAUGCCCUUAUAUACAUUGCUAUGCACAUCGGCUUAAUUUAGUUUUGGUCGAUGUUGCUAAAUCAGUUGAGGUUGUUGACAAUACGAUUGGAUUGCUUGAAGCAAUUUAUGCAUUUCAAUCGAGUUCAACUUUACGUUAUAAAAUAUUUUCUGAUGUCCAAAAAGAUUGUGAAACAAUUUUAAAAGUCCCUCAACAUAGUGAUACUAGAUGGGUUGCAAAAUAUAAAGAUUUUUACAACGAAAUAUGCAUUAUGGGGCAGUCAUUUGGAGAAAUUAAAAAAGUCAUUGAACGAGUAUUAGUUAUACCUGUAAGUUCAGCAUCGGCCGAAAGAAGUUUUUCAACAAUGAAAAGGAUAAAAACUUAUUUACGAACAUCUAUGUCUACUACACGUCUUCAUAAUUUAGCGUUAAUUUCUAUUGAGAGGGAGUUAAGUUUUGAAUUAAUUCAGGAUCCUACAAAGAUUGUUGACGAGUUUGCUAAAUUGAAAAAUCGAAGACUUCAAUUCACUAAAUAA